AUGGACAUCACGGACCCCGCUCUCAGCCCGUGGAUGAUGAUGAUGAACCAGAUUGGUAACAUUUCUGUUUUUGUCCCCAAUCUGACCUCACCCCACUUCGUCCCCGGCCGCCAAUCCGGCGUAGUAGUCCACACCGAGAACGACAACUCCGGCCUCAUCCGACUGAAAGAAGGAGCGCUGACUGGACUGGAAGUUCCCUUCCAGCUCGCGGAAAAAGAACAAAAUGGGAAAAUCAUUCAUCUUCCGGAAGAGGACAAGGCCGGUGUGAUCGAGUGGAAGCACAACAAUACUUGCGUUUUUGUCCGAUUUAAUGGCGGUGAUGUUAUUGAUGUUCCAGAUUCAGAGAAAACUCUUGGCCUGCACGACUGGGUAGAUUUCUACCGCGAGAAAGAAAAGAAUGCGGCGAAAAUCAUCUGCCCCGCCAAGGCAAAGCGUUUCCAGGGCGAAGUCUGUUCCGUAAAAAGCGGUUACGGGUUCAUCAAACGUCUCGAUGUCGAAAGCGAGACCUUCUUUCACUUCUCCCAAGUUCUUGAUCUCAAGGACGAGGCGGAUAAUAGGGUUGAAGUUGGGGAUAAAGUCGAUUUCUCCCUCGGCAAUCAUGACAAAAAAGAAGUCGCGCUGAAAAUUGCCAUUCUUCCAAAAUCCUUCCCGAUCAUUUUCGACGAUGUUGAACUAGAUGUCUACGGUUUCCCGAUGGAAUUCGAAGGAGUAAUCACCAAGCCUUGCUUGAAGAAGGAUUUGAGCAACGACAAGGGCAAGAAGAACUACAAGAUCAAAUACGAGCCGGGAAUCGUUUCUUUCCGAAAUCACAAAUAUGGCGGUCGCAAAAACGAGCUCCACUACUUUGAGCGCGAUCGACAGAGCUCAUUCACCCUCCUUGCUCAAAAGGGCGACUCGCGCAUCUUCUUCCACUCAUCGGAAGUGCUCGACUCUCAGCCCGCAUCGACGAAGAAAAUCAAAGUCGGCGACCAGGUGGAGUUCCUGACCCUUCGGGAUCCACUUGCACGGGCAAAUUACCGCGGCCGGUGCCACGCGACUAGAAUCCGGAUCAUCGCGCAAUCCAAGCUGCAGCUCUCGCCUGAAUCCGAAGGGCGCAAACGCAAAGAGAGGAAAUCCUGUUCAGAUUCAAGAUCGAUCUCCUCGCAGCACUCGGACGAUUCACUCUCGGACAUGUUGUACAACGGAGUCAUGUUCGAAAUGCCGGACGGCGAGGUCGACGGAAAGAUUCAAAUGGAAAAGGAUAUGAGCUGCGGAGAAGAUGAAUUGACCCACGUCCGUCUGGAUGUUGGAACAAAGGUCCGAUUUAUGACAAGAAAAAUGGAAGAAGGGUGCUAUGCCGUAAACGUGCAGCCAGCUGAGCCGCAGAUCGGCUGGAUCAGACUCGUCAAAGAAAACUUUGGCUUCAUCAGAAUAGAAGGCGUCGAUGGGGACAUUUUCUUCCACUCGAGCGAGGCAGACGGCUUCGACACGCUCAAGAAGGAUGAUUGGGUGCAGAGCACCAUCGAGUGGAACGAUCGCUCGGGACGAUGGAACGCCACCAAAGGAAAUGAUUCCAAAACACAGACCCCAAACUGA